UUCAACGUUUAGUCAGCGAUUGCAAGUAUGGCGGACGACGACAAGCCUUCAACUUUAGCGAAAUCGUCAGAAAUAUCCUAUGGAAAUGUUAUUAUUACGCUUGACAAUGUCCUUAUACCUGACGCAAAACUCUCGCAAACCCCUUCUGCCAAUGAUGGCCUGGAAACGGAGACAGAAAUGGAUCUGAGAAUCCUUGGAUGUGAAUUCAUUCAGAUGGCUGGGAUUCUUCUCAAACUUCCUCAGGUUGCUAUGGCUACAGGACAGGUACUGUUUCAGAGGUUCUACUACUCAAAGUCAUUGGUCAAGCAUAACAUGGAGACGGUUGCCAUGGGUUGCAUCAACCUAGCAUCAAAGAUAGAGGAGGCACCUAGGAGGUUGAGAGAUGUCAUAAAUGUGUUCCAUCAUAUACGACAGAAAAGGAACAAUAAAGCCUCUGAACCUAUCAUAUCCGACCAAAAAUAUAUCAACCUGAAAAAUCAGGUGAUCAAGGCUGAACGAAGAUUACUCAAGGAACUUGGUUUCUGCGUCCACGUCAAGCAUCCGCACAAGAUGAUAGUGACGUACAUACAGGCGCUGGAGUGUGAGUCCAAUACUCAGCUCGUCCGGACGGCAUGGAACUACAUGAAUGACAGUCUAAGGACAGACGUCUUUGUUCGCUACACCCCAGAGACCGUGGCAUGUGCUUGUAUAUCCCUCUCUGCUAGGCAAAUUGGACUACCUCUGCCUAGCAAUCCUCCAUGGUAUGGACUUAUGGGAGCCACAGAUGAACAGGUAGAAGACAUCUCCCUCAUCAUCCUCCGAUUGUACACCAGGAAGAUCAAAAGCUAUGAAUACUUGGACAAGAAGGUGGAGCGAUGUCGGAUGGUCAUCCAGGAGGCCAAGCUCAGGGCCAAAGGUCACCUGGCGGAGUCUGGAGCCAACAGUCAGACAGGGACCCCCAGCAGCUUCUCACCUCACACAUCAAGACCAAGUUCGCCCAAAUUGAACAACGACUCUCCAAGUGGUCUGCCUAAGAUGUACAAAGUCAACUCUAAUUCUAUCAAGGAGGAAGCUCACUCUGGAUCGGCCUCAGGAAGCACCAAGAGCAGGGAAAAUGGCAAAGCAGACAAACACAAAAGGACCCCGUCUUCGUCUAUCUCGACCAGAAGCCGAUCUUCAAGUCGUGGUCGUAGAUCCAACAGCCACGACUCUGCCAUGGACAGGCAUUCCUCCCGGGACCGAAGCUCACGGAGUCGGAGCACCUCACCUCGCAAUAACCGCAAACGGCAAUCAAGCAGCAAGCGCAAGAGGGAUGACCACAAGCGCAGCCGGCGGGACCGCUCCGUCAGCCCCAAGCACCGCCACGGGCACAAGACGAAACGGAACCGGACCCCGCCCCGCGGCUACAGCAGCCGAAGCAGGUCGAGAUCGAGGAGCAGGUCGCGGGAGCGUCGGCACAAGCGCCACUAUAGCCCAUACAAUGACUCUACCAAAGAAUCCUCCCACUCUCGCCACAAGAGUAGGAGCAAACACAGAAGGGAGCGGUCCACGUCCCGCUCUAGAUCCCCUAUAUCGCGCUCCCGUAAAUCAUCCAAAAGAGACUCUGGGAGAUCCCAUGCCAAUGACCAUCGGAGAAGGUGACGUCAAUUUAUCUCUGUGCCUUGAAUGAAGAAUAUGUUGUAUCAUCGAUGUUUAUCAAUGACUUUAUAAUGUGUAAGUAAAGAUAUAAACAGGAUCGUCUUUAUAGUACAGUACCAUUUAUAAUUAAUGUAAAGAUUAAGAUUUGAUGAGAUGAAGGGUGGAAAGUCUGGAUUCUACAUGUUGAGGCGUGCAUUGUCAAAUUGCUCAGGAUGAAAAUAACUUUUUUGUGUGUUUACAGAAAAUUUGAUGACAUGUUUUUCACCCUUGGUAUCACUUUUUUUU